GUUCAACCAGUUUCCUCAAGCCGUGCAACGCAAUAUUCUUACCGCUCCUUGUACCAUAACAUACAGGUAUUUUGUUUAACUAAAAUGAAGGUGUUCUCUGCAGUAACGUUCGUGCUGCUUGUGGCAUGUGUCCGGGGAGAGUCUGCAGUCACGGACGGGCUGAGUGUCGAAGACAUGCUGGACAGGUGUAUGGACGGGAGGCACCAUAAGACACAACCCGGUCCUGAAGGCUCGCUGUACAAUCAGUGCGCCCCCUGGAAGGACCGAGCCUGCUGCCGUGCCAGUACCACCGAGCAGCUGCACCAGCCUCUGUGGCUGAACUUCGACUGGCACCACUGUGGGCAGCUGUCGGAGUCCUGUGAGAGACACUUCAAGCAGGACCUCUGUUUCUACGAGUGUUCUCCUAACGUGGGGCCGUGGUUGGUGCCGGUGAAUAUGCAGAUACGGAAUGAGCGGUUUGCGGGUGUUCCACUGUGCGCCACGGAUUGUAACCGCUGGUGGACCGCCUGUAAGGACGACAUGACCUGCUCCGGGAACUGGGGAGUCAGCUGGAACUGGACGUCUGGUCAGAAUACGUGUCCGCAUGGAGCGGAGUGUAGAACCUUCCAGGACUACUUCGGCACUCCGAGCAACUUCUGCCGGAACAUCUGGAACGGCUCCUUCGAGGUGGUGGACGACAGCGCCCCCUGCUUCACCCAGUGGUUCAACGGGACCAACCCCAACGACCGGGUGGCCAGGCUCCGGGCCGAGGAGAUCGUCAGUGCAAGGGGAGGCGCCGUGACUUCUGCUAGUGCCCCGCGUCUUCUCGUUGUUGCUAUCUUCAUCGCUAUGGGAUUAGCUAUGGGGCUUGACUUCCUCAAUUAACUUAUAGAGGGAAAGCGUUUAAGGAAAGUACCAGGGUUCUAAACAACACACCGCUAGCUACUAGUUACACCGAUUGAAGAUGCGGCUGAAAAAUACCGGUAUACAGAUUAUGGAGCUUAAAGAAUUGAAACUUGCUUGUCCGAGCUAUGCUCAUCACAUGUUUCGAUAGGGAACACAGUGUGUAUCUUUGUGCUCAAACGUUGAAGUGCCCAUCUGAAAGGAUUUCGUCUCUAUGCCUUCUUAGUAGUUCUAUGCAGCAUCGAUAUUAUUGGCAAGGCCUUUAUGACGCAGCGCACAAACAUGGACAUAUUAGAAAAUAUAAAAGUAUUUACUUAGAUAUUUUCCUUAUCGUACAUAUUCGAAAGUAGAGAGUUUCUUUCUCAACAUAUUAGUGUUAACGUUCAUGAUACUAUAACGUUAGAUUGUAGCGUCAGCCUAGAAGUAAAUGUCAGGAAAAAUGUAGGAGACAUGCUUUUGUGUACAGCCGGGCGGUCAAUUAUUACAACUAUACCUGAUCCAUCAUUGUCUGUCGUUAUUGGUCUAGACAAUAAGAAAUAAGAAAACUUUACUUCUUGAGGCCAUAGUAAGUUUGACACAUUUGGCACAAGUUUAAGUGGCAGUCGGUACGGUGAAGAUAAAGCCAUCAUCGCUAAUGACUUUAAUAUUCUCGAGUCAGUCACCGCUUUACAAUGCCUUAUCUCGAAGUGCAUUUUUUUUUUGGUGAUAGAAAUAUCACUUAUAUAAAAAGUCUGACUUGAAAGCAUAAUCUUGUACUAUUAUGGUUAACGUUGCGGGAUUUUACGACGUACUCGUGAGAAGCACGAGUCGGCUGCGGUACUCAGUAAACUUCAAUGCAUUCCACUGAGAAAGAAGUUCAACUUAAUGCUCAUACAAUAAAAUAUUCAUUAGUA